CUCUUAAGUGUUAAUAUGUUAACGGAAUGAUUGAAGGCAGUCCCGGUUGUGCCCUAAACCCGGCCGCGCACCAUUGGCCACCCGCUCAAACGCUAAACAACCAAUGGAGGGGCGCCGACCACGAGCCAUCCUCCCCUCGGGCCGCGUGUCCCUCACGCUGAUUGGUAGAAAGUUACUGUGGGAAAGAAAGUUUGGGAAGUUUCACACGAGCCGUUCGCGUGCAGUCGGAGAUAUAAAUAAGACCAGCACGGCGCUGAGGCAGGCAGUUGCUGCGACCGCUGGCAAACGGUGAAAUCAUUGCCGCACCAGUUGAACUCGGGACACUUCGUGCGGAUAUCCAUUCAUAUCUGGAACUGUAUCUGCGUACAGCGUGCACUCUAGUAGAAGAUACAAGAGGAUUUCUUUUUAAAAAAAAAUCUCAAAGGAUACUUCCCAGUGAAGAUGCCUGCCGAUAUCAUGGAAAAGAACUCCUCGUCUCCGGUUGCGGCGACUCCGGCGAGCAUGAACACUACACCUGAUAAACCCAAAACGGCUUCGGAGCACAGAAAGUCUUCUAAACCCAUUAUGGAGAAAAGAAGAAGAGCGAGAAUCAACGAAAGCUUGGGCCAGCUGAAAACGUUAAUCUUGGAUGCUCUGAAAAAAGAUAGCUCCAGACACUCUAAACUCGAGAAAGCGGACAUCCUGGAGAUGACAGUGAAACAUCUCAGAAACAUGCAGCGGGCACAAAUGACCGCUGCCCUGAACACGGACCCCACCGUUCUUGGGAAAUACAGAGCUGGCUUCAGUGAAUGCAUGAACGAGGUGACCCGGUUCCUGUCCACCUGUGAAGGGGUUAACACCGAGGUCAGGACCCGGCUGCUGGGUCACUUAGCCAGCUGCAUGACACAAAUCAACGCCAUGAAUUAUCCAACACAGCACCAGAUACCUGCCGGGCCUCCUCAUCCAUCCUUCAGUCAACCAAUGGUUCAAAUCCCCAGCGCGACUCAGCAAACCAACGCUGUGCCUCUUAGCGGAGUCCCUUGCAAAAGCGGGAUUUCCUCUAACUUGACUUCUGACGCAACAAAAGUAUACGGCGGUUUCCAGCUUGUGCCGGCAACGGACGGACAGUUCGCCUUUUUAAUUCCCAACGCUGCCUUUGCUCCAAACGGCCCCGUUAUUCCAGUGUAUGCCAACAAUUCCAGCACACCGGUUCCGGUGGCCGUGUCUCCGGGAGCACCGUCCGUCACGUCAGAUUCCGUUUGGCGGCCUUGGUAACGUUAGACUAU